CUCUUCCCACAAUAAUCCACAUCAGCCUUUGACAGUUACAGUGUUUCUUCUUCCAAUUUUCUAUUUCCUUUAUUUCAUUCAAUCCAAUUUUAUCGUUCACAACCAUUCAUCAGCGGUUACAAUCACGAAACGUUUCAAUCUUCAUAUCCAACCAUCCUUUCUCAUCCUUUCUCUCAUCCUUUCUCUCUCGCACGGGUAACAAAAUUUCCCCAAAUUCUAACCCUUUUCUUCUUCAAUCGAUCCCUAUUGUGAUUUUGUUCUUCUUCUGCUUCUCUUCUCUGUAACAUUAAUUGUGGAAAUGGAAGAACGAAUUUGAUGGCUUCGAACCAUUGAACUAACAAUUACUUAAAGCCAUUUGGAAUCGAUGAAGACUCUUCCAUCUGGUGCUGAUAAAAUUCCUCAUUUGAAUGUUGUAAUUCUCGGUGAAAAUAUUGCUAACGAAGAAGAAGAUUAUGUUCUUCCCAGCGAAGAAUUCGCUUCCAAAGCACAUGUUCGAUGACCGGAACAGGUUCUUUUCAUCAAUAGUUUUUAUGGAUUUUGACGUUAAUUUUUUUUAAUUUUUUUCAUUAAAAUUUUUGAGUUUUGUUUAGUGUAUGUUUGUUUUGGAAUUUGUUAGUAUCUGCAGAUGUAUAAGAGAUCCAUUGAGGAUCCUGCUGAAUUUUGGUCUGAAAUUGCAUCUGACUUGAAACUGAUACGAAAACUGAUAUGGAAACUGUACAACAAUUGGUGUUUCCGGUGUUGCGGAUCCGUCAACAAGCUUCCAUUUGCACCCUGAUCGAAGCAAUUAUUGGGUUUUGUUUGAAUUUUCAGAUAAGGAAGAUUGUUGCUGCAAGAAUUGGAGACUCGGAUAACUGGUUUUGUUGAUAUGGGAUCAGGGAGUAUUGCUCUGAUGGUUGAGACAUUGAAAAUCAGGUUAGACAUUUAUAAAUGGUUCAUAUUUAGACAUUUAUACUCAUUUGGAAUGAUGUUUGUAUCGUAGUGUACUUUCUAUUGAGUUGGAGGACAUCUCGGGCAACGAUGGCAUCUAUAUUCAAUCUGAUGGAGAGCAUGUGGGAUUCCUUCUGAUGGCAUCUAUAAGAUGGCGAUUCGUUUCAAUUUGGGUUUCUCCGAUUAAGCUAACGGUUCUCCAAUUUGGAGGAACCAUUGGAGUUUAAGGAAAUGGCGACUCCAAUUGAGCUUCCAAACAGGAUAAGAGCGGAAGGGAAGCAUUAUUAUUCCAUGUGGCAUAUGCUAUUUGAGAUCGACACUAAAUAUGUGCCGUUUAAGCCGAUUGGUCGGGGAGCGUAUGGGAUUGUAUGUUCUUCUCUUCUUAGAUCUGGAACCAGAACCAGGAGGGCGACCUCUUCCUAUCUUUGAAUCCAAUGGCAAUGAUGAAGAAUUAUUGAGGAAUGACGAAUCGAAUGGUAUAUCCAAUUGUUCUAGAGCAGAAGCCCUUUUGAAACUUCAUCAAAUUGAUGAUGCAGAAUUAAUUUUGUCACAUGCUCCGAAAUCGGAUCCACAAAUUAAUCAUUCACCUUUUGAAGCAAUAUAUUUUGGGAUGUUUGCUGAAGCUUAUUCCUUCUAUGUCAGAACACAGAUUCAGAUCGCAUUCGGAAGGUUUGAGAAUGCGGUUACAUCUGUAGAGAAGGCAAAUCAUAUUGAUCUCCAAAAUAUUGAAAUUGCUGGAAAAUGAUUUUAUAUUUUUUUCUUUUGCAUUUAAACGUGUUCAAACCAUG